AUGGCUGCGGUUGUGCGAGAGGAGGAGGCGGCAGAGGCGGGGGAAGCCAUGGAAGGAAGGUCUCAAGAAAGGACCGCUUCUGAUACCAUAAAGAAGCUUAAGCGAAGAGAGAAAACGGAGCAGGUGAAUAAGAAGACAGGAGAUUUAUUUCUUAAUGUUUACAACAGUAGUACUGUAGAAGCUAAAAGAGCGAAGAGCAGCGGUAGUUCUGUGAGAGGGCAAUGGACUGCGGAGGAAGACAAUUUGUUGGUGAGAUUAGUGAAAGAGCAUGGAGUAAGAAAGUGGUCGCAGAUUGCAAAGAAGCUUGUUGGAAGGAUUGGCAAGCAGUGUAGAGAAAGAUGGCAUAAUCAGCUAAGGCCUGGCAUCAAGGAGGAAACAUGGAGCGGAGAAGAAGAGAUUUCACUUAUCCAAGCACAUAAGGAGCUUGGGAACCGUUGGGCAGAGAUGGCCAAAAAAAUACCUGGCCGAAGUGAAAACUCAAUAAAAAACCGCUGGAACGCGACCAAGAGAAGGCUGAGCUCAAAAAGAGAAUGUAGAAGUAGAAAAACAUCAAGAGGCAAAACCUCUCACCUCCAAGAAUACAUCAUCAAAACCACUGAAGUCCUCAACAACUCCACGGCCACAACACAAACGGAAGCAUCAGAUAUAAGUUUCUUAAACUGUGGAGAUUACUUGAGCGUAGAAGAGAGGUUUUAUUUCAUGGCUUCGCCUCCACGGUUUCAUGACUUGUUUGAAAAAGAAGGUAAUGCUAGUUCCACUAAUGGAAGUAAUGGAGAAUAUUGUACUGAUGCGUUUCUGAUCAGCAUGUCCCAGGAUCAGCAUGUCCUAUGA